AUGAACGCCAAAGCUGACGUCAACCGACGCGUUUUGACCAUUCAAGCGAAGAAGAAGCGUCAUAAGAACAACAAGAAGCGGGGCAAGCAGAACGGUGUGGUAGCUGGGAAUCCGUCACAGGAACCGCAGCAGCAGCAACAGCAGCAGAAUUCCCAGACUGAAAACUGUGCUACGGCAGCAGCACCAGAAAAUGCUAAUAAUAGCCCCAGUAAGCCCGAAGUGCAUCCGUCUGGCAGCGUUGGAAUCGCACCCGCCGCUGUCACCACAUCCUUUAGUAAGGCCACAGCAACGGCCACAUCCACGUCGAGCGGCGGGUCGGGCAGCACCCCCGAGACCCCCAACCACUAUCAGCCGCCGUCGCAAUUGCAAUCGCAAAUGCAAUCACAGUCGAAGAACAAGAAGAGCAAUCACAAUCAGCAGCAACAGCAAAAGCAGCAGCAGCAGCAGCCGCCGCGCAGCUCCUCGAACGAGUCGUACGAGUCGGAGCUGAACAGCGAGAACGAGGAGCAGGAGCUGAAGGAAGACUACUGCAAGGGUGGCUACCAUCCAGUCAACAUUGGUGACCUCUUUCAGGGUCGCUAUCAUGUCAUCCGGAAGUUGGGCUGGGGCCACUUCUCCACCGUCUGGCUGUGCUGGGAUCUGCAGGAGAAGCGCUACGUGGCCAUCAAGAUUGUAAAGUCGGCGCCGCAUUUUGCCGAGACGGCCAAGGAUGAGAUCAAGAUACUCAGAACGGUGCGCGAGACGGAUCCGUCCAAUCCGCGCCGCCAAAAGACCGUCCAGAUGCUGGAUGACUUCAAGAUUAGUGGAGUAAACGGGACCCACAUUUGCAUGGUGUUCGAAGUGCUGGGCGACAAUCUGCUGAAGCUCAUCCGCAAGUCCAAUUACCGUGGCAUACCGCUGGCCAACGUAAAGGCCAUUACGCGCCAAAUACUGGAGGGCCUGGACUACUUGCACACCUGCUGCAAAAUCAUCCACACAGACAUCAAGCCUGAGAACGUGCUGCUAUGCGUGGACGAGCCGCAUGUGCGCUCCAUGGCCACGGAGGCCACCAAGCUGUACUGCAUGAACUCCAAGAUGUACCCGUCGCUGGUCAGUCGGGCGCCCAAGGAGUAUCGCGAGCCCCAGAUCACCGGCAAGAUGAGCAAGAACAAGAAAAAGAAGCUCAAGAAGAAGGCGAAGAAGCGCAUGGAGCUGUUCAAGAAGCAGCGGGACUAUCUCGAGCAGACCGGACAGCCAGCUGCAGACGCAAAUGAUGCUGAGGACCAGGCGGACUGUGUCGUGAACCACAAUGCAAAUUCGGUGCAGAAUGGCGAUGUUGCCAUCUCAGAUGGAGAGGAGGACGUAGACGUGGACGUAAAGCUGGAACAAGAUCCAGAAGAGAACGACGGUGAUGAUGAGGAUGUGGCUGUUGAGCAGCCUGUGGUGCCCAAGCAGGAGACGGAGCAGGAAGAGGAGGCCAUCAGCCACCAGGCACCGGGAGAUAAUACUGAGAAAGCCAAAAAGAAGAAGAAGCGAAAGAACAAGAACAAAUCCAACCAGCCGCAAUCUCAGCAGCCUCAGCAGCAAUUUGAGAACUCGACGAGCAGCGGCGACAGUAUCAAUGCCGGGAAGAGCGGCGUCCACACCAACGGCAGUAGCAGCAACAGCAACAGCAACAGCAAUAGCAAUAGCACAGUUAAGGGACAAUCAAAUGGCGCGGCAGACGGCAAGAAGAUGCCGCUUCGACCUAAACAGGAUAAGCAGCAAGAGCAACAAUCGUAUCAGCCGCUGAACAACAACAACUCCAGUUCGAAGCAGACUUCGAACAGUAAUUCAAAAAUCUCAAGCAACUCAAUGUCGAACUCCUCGUCGGCCACCAAUGGACCAUAUUCCGAUCCGGGAGUGCCCCCGGCGCCACCACCGCCGCUGUCAAAGCACAGGCCCAAGCGUGAGCCGGCUCUGGAGGAGUGCAACGUGCAAGUUAAGAUUGCCGAUCUGGGCAAUGCCUGCUGGGUGGAUCGCCACUUCACGGAGGACAUUCAGACGCGGCAGUAUCGAUCACUUGAGGUGAUCCUGGGCUCGGGCUACGACACAUCGGCAGACAUCUGGAGCACUGCCUGCAUGGUCUUUGAGCUGGCCACGGGAGACUAUCUCUUUGAGCCACACUCCGGCGACACGUACUCCCGGGACGAGGAUCACUUAGCCCAUAUCAUAGAGCUGCUCGGCCCCAUACCCCGUCACAUCGUGUUCCGCGGCACCUAUGCCCAGCAGACGUUCAGCCGGAACGGGGAGCUGCGCAACAUAACGGGACUGAAGCCCUGGGGUCUGAUGGAUGUGCUGCUAGAGAAGUACGAGUGGCUGAACAGCGAGGCGGAAUCAUUCGCCUCCUUCCUUAAGCCCAUGCUAGAGUUCGAUCCGGCAAAGCGAGCCACCGCUGCGGAGUGUCUGCAGCAUCCGUGGCUUAGAUAAGAUACGAUGCCACCUGGUUGUUGGUUGCGUGCCACCCAGCCAGCAGCUGAUGGAGCAGGGGCAGUAGGACUAAGAGAGGCAGGAGCAACGUUUGUAGAGUCAUCGGCAUCUGUGGCCACAUUGGCCUCCAUUUCAUCAAUUGCGUCUACAUCGGCUGCAGCUAUGGCAGCGCUCAGAGCUCGUCCCUAUUCGGUAGCACCGUUCAUGGCUGUCUCAGCACCGCCCACACCUCAUCCACAUGCGGCUAAUACAACAUCCACAGUCCGAACAGCGCCGGCCACACCCAUGCGACGGCGCAUCAUCAACGACGACGCCGAGCGGGAUGUUUUAGAGAUGCUUGAUCUAAAUGUUUCCCAGAUGGAGGAGUCACAGCCAUAUCCAAAGUCCAAAUCUCAGCGCAUUUUCUGGCGUAAAGCGUUACGGCGCGUCUUCCAACGCCGCAAGUGACAUCAGCUGCGGCGUCGACGACAGGACUUGCCCCGUUGGCAUCGUCCCGCCCGUCGCUGCCGGCGUCGCAACCUGGCCGAGCGUGUGCGUCGCAUCUGCGCCUGCUGCGCCUACGGCCAGAUUCUGUUGCGGGCCGCCCGCGUUGCCCUACUCAGCUGCAUCCGUUGGCGAACGCGCGGCAACAUACGCAACAGCAACUUCUACUUUAGCAAUCACUAAACACCACAGCCAACAUCAAUCUGCAACCAGCAACCAGAGACCAUCAACCAGGAACCACGGAAAGGCGCUAAUAUGCCUGAUCUACACCUGCUCCCACGUGAACCAAUUUGAAUUAUAUCGUUUAAUGUUAAUGAUGAGAUAUCCAUUCGGUUUAGUUUUUAGAUAUGCCAGGUCUUUAUUUAUUUCCUGUGUUUUACAUCGACAAUUAGACUAUUUUCGUUGGUACAUAAGAAAUUAAACACUGUAUUACUACCUAGACCUACACCCACUAAUCCUGUACAUAGGACAGCCGGCACUUUGCCUGGUCGGUGUUCAUGUCCGUGCCCUUACCCGUACCGUGACCCCAUAAUACACCAUGCACCAUCCAACUUGUUGACAGAAA